CCACCCGGGUUUCGAGGUGUUCCAGGCGGCUUGAACUCGGGUCGCUCAGCGCGCCUGGCUUGGCAGGCGAGCGAGCGAGCGAGCGAAAGAACCGGAGCAUCUAGAAGAAUCCGACAAGUGUGAUUUGUAGUCUGCGUAGUCCGGUAAGCGAAGAUGUUUUUUGUCGAAGCUACCCUCAACCGGACCUCUUUAAAGCCCAAGACUGGGACACAUUAGAGCCGAGACUAUGCCCGGAGCCGGUGGAGCGACUGCGGGGAAAAGUUUACCACAAGGCGGGCUGCGGUUAACCCAUCGACGCUAAUAUGGGUUGAUGUCUUUGGCUGCUUAAUGAAGCGUACCAGCUUUGUCGUUUAUUCCAGUGCCGCUGGAACAACUCGUUUGACUAAAAGUGUCAUUGGCAGCAGUUGGGAAGCAUCAAAACACUCAUACACAGCGGAUCGUAGCGGCUGCGACGUCCUCAGCAUCCCGGUACCCAUGCGGCGCGGCGGCUCAGAGUCCAACUUGGACGCGGUGGACGGCGCGGGUCGCGGCGGCGUGGGUCUGGAUUUCAACAAGGGGGCCCUGGGCAUCGACAGCCUGCAGCAGAAGAUACUUAAGGUGACGGAGCAGAUCAAGGUUGAGCAGACGGCGCGGGACCAAAACGUGGCCGAGUACCUGAAGCUUGUUAACAAUGCUGACAAGCAGCAGGUGGUGCGCAUCCGUCAGGUGUUCGAGAAGAAGAACCAGAAGUCGGUGCACUCUAUAGCCAGGCUGCAGAGGAAGCUGGAGCAGUACCACCGCCGCGCCAAGGAAAGCGAGUCCAACGGCAAGCACGGCCACAAAGACGGCACCCGGGACUCGGGGGGACACAGCAAGGAGGGCAGCCUGCGCGACGUCAGCGCCACGGGCCGCCACCCCGCGCUUGAUAAAGUCAAGACCAUCGGGCCGGGCGUGUCGCUUUCGCCUCCCUUCUUCUUCAACAAGUCGCGCGGCUUCGCCAACCUCAUCCGGAACAAAUACGGCAGCGCCGACAACAUCGCGCACCUCAAAAGCAUGGACGCCGGCUCGGGGCUGCACGCCGAGGGGGGCGGCCGGGGCCUGAGCGGGAGCGCCACCGCCGUGGCCAAGGCCGGCAAGUACCACAGCGAUGACGAAUGCUCCACCGGGACUUCGGCCUCCGCCGACUCCAACGGCAACCCGGCGGGCGGCUCGGCGGCCGGAUCCGGUGCCGCCGCCCGCCCCGACGGCCGCCUGUCGGAGGUCCUGGAGACGGUCCGCGACAUCCGGGAAGCGCAGACUCAGCUGGGGGACGACAUCGAGGCGCUCAACGCGCAGUUUAAACGCGACUAUGGAUACUUCACGCAAGUGUUGCAGGAGGAGCGCUACAGGUACGAGCGACUGGAGGACCAGCUCAACGACCUGACGGAGCUCCAUCAGCACGAGACCGGCAAUUUGAAGCAGGAGCUGGCUAGCAUCGAGGAGAAGGUGGCGUAUCAGGCCUACGAGAGGGCCAGGGACAUCCAGGAGGUGCUCGAAUCGUGCCAGACGCGGGUGUCCAAAUUGGAGCUGCAGCAGCAACAGCAGCAAACGGUGCAGCUGGAGAACGCCGAUGCCAAGGUGCUGCUGGGCAAGUGCAUCAACAUCAUGCUGGCCUUCGCCACCGUCAUCCUGGUGUGCGUGUCCACAGCGGCCAAGUUCGCCGCCCCGCUCCUGCGCAGCCGCCUGCACUUGGCGCUCACCUGUGUGGGCGUGUCCCUCCUGGCGCUGCUGUGGAAGAACUGGGAGCACUUGCAGUGCGCGCUGGAACGACUGCUGUUGCCGCACUGACGAAAAAAGCGUAGACGCGGGACGAGGUGUUUACAGAUAGCCUUCUCUGCCUGCGGUCAUUCCUGGGGACAAAAUGAAAUCCCACUAAAGCUGCUGACGGCGGAGAAGCUAAAGACUGAACUGGUCACAAAGCUGCCUUCGGGGCGGGUCGCAAAAAAGUCAACUCUACAUGCCACUACCUGACAAAUGGAGGCAUAAUUGUCUGCUUCAAAUUUACAUACCACUAAAGAAAAACAUGUCCAAAAAGUAUAUGCAUUGAAGAUUUGAGACGACAAUAUAUUAGCUGCCUACUGCCUUUUCCAUUGUUUUCCACGUUAGGCUAAGCAAAAAUUUUACCUCACUGGCAUAGGCAAAGGACACACACACACAAUACAGUACAGUACUUGGAAAGUUUCACUGGUUUGAUGUGUGUGUUGUAUUUUUCUGUGCUUUUCUUGUCUGUUUGGUGUGAAAAUACUUGUUGACAUUUUGGGUUUACUUUGUGUAACGCUCUUUGCAUGUCAUCAGGUAACUUCUAAAUUAUGAUGUGAUGCAUUUACCAGCUUUGUAAUCCAUGAAAUUGUGGUGCAACAGACGAGCUUUUCAAUGUUUACUUUUCUCAUCUGCUAACAUGUUUAAUUGUGGGGAAAUAGCAUUUUCCAGGCAAAAUGGAUUGGACCUCCUCGCCGUUAAAAAGUGUUUUCAAGAUCAAUUUCCUUUACUAACUACCGAAACACAUACUCUGUGAUAUGGCUUGACAGUGAAAGAGCUACUAGGUCCCAUAUGGUCCACAGUUUCCUUUUCACUCAAGUGCGUGUACUGUUGUGUGCAAUGUUUCACGUUAAUUGUCGGUAAAUCGAGAUUUAAAAAAAAAAAAAAAAACGACAUUGUGAUGAACUGCCUUUUGACAUUUUGUGUUGCAUUCAUAAGCAGAUGGAACAACAACACUGACAGUUCAAAGUGUUUCCGACUGCAACACAAUUUUUGCUACAUUCCUUCCUGCUUGUUUUUCUUUUCUUUUUCUUUUUUUAUUUUAUUGCACUCUUAACCUGAGUAAUCCACAAUAGAGUGACUCAGAAGAACAUGACGUUGGUUAAAUGGUGAUGCUUCACCCUACCCAAGUGGCCUUCACUACUUAAAAUUGGAGUGGAAACAUCCUGUGGUGUUCAGUGUGACCCGAAUGCAGCAUCAACCUUUGAAUGAUGGAUGGAAAAUUAACUGAAGAGCUUGAACCAGAUAUCACUGUGAAGAUGGCGCCUUGUUUUCCCUUAUAACCCACUGCCCCCCCAAAAAUAAUAUGAUGUAUUUUCUGGUGUCAUUUCUUUAUUUUUUUCCCCUAAAUUUUCACAAAAAGCUGGCAUUUUUAAAUGUGUCUCUGUUGAUAAUCCAGAGCAUGUAUUUUCUAAAAAAAUAAAAUAAAAGUAAUUGAUGUACAUGAUUGUAUUAAAUGCACUGCAAAGCAUUAUCAGGAAGUGAAAUAAAAAGAU